ACACCUUCUGCACUUCGGCCAGACAGACGGCAGACAAGCUUGGCAUUGGUGUCUUUUUGUGUUUGCGUUGCUAUCAAAACUUUAAAGAAGAGAUGGAACUCAAGUACCUCAUCUGUCAGCUAGUGUUAGCCUCGCUUGCUGUGAUAGACGCCAAAGCGGUCCCAGAAAAAAAUGACGUCGAAACCACUAAAAAAGUUGGAAAAAACAAACUUCCCGACUGGGCCCUUCAAGUUGGUUCCGCUAACAAAAUGACAGAUCCUAAGAAGUUUCACGGAAAAGACGUUGCUCUAGAUGAAUUGGAAAAUGACGAGGAUGAAGAAUUAAAAAAGAAGGCUCCCAGGAGGAAGAUAUCAGAAAAAUUGAAAAAACACCAGUCUUCCAAGAAGACGAUGAAAGUGGACAGGGCUAAAAGAUCUGAACAAGAAGUUCCCGUCCAAUACAGAGUCGACAGACGUGAAAGCAGAGACAUGAAGCUGACUGGUACUGAAAAAACACAAGAUUUUAGCAUUGAUAGUUUGCUUGAUGAAGAUUCCUAUCGCAACGGCGAGGAAAUGAUGAAUGGCGACAAACUGCGAUUCCAUGGACAAUUUGAAGUUAAGAAUCAUGAAAAUGGCGAUAUGUUUGGAUUCAGGAUUCCGUUGAUGGAUGGAAACGGAAAUUUUUGGGACGAAGAUGAGACUAGUGAAGAGAAUGACGCUGACGAUGAGUAGUCAUUAUAUUACUGGUGUGCAAUGUUCCUGGUUUGAACAAUUUUGGUGAAUAAAAUAUAUUCAAAACUUUAUUUCACAAA